ACGCAUAAAGCGCAUAUCGUACGAUCACCGUCCAACAAGAACACCAAAGCUUACCACCAGCCUAUCAUUCAUUCUUCACUCUGUUCACGUUCAUUGCAGCAAAACACCAUGUGGAGCCAACUUGAGCCCACGGCGCCUCACCUGACCUAUCUAGUCGUCACAACCUUCCUGAUACUCUAUGCUGUUUUCUCAGUAAUGAUCCGGAAUCGACUACACCUCUCGGAGCCUCCGUUAGCUACAAUCUUCGGGGUUAUUGUUGGUCCGCAAGGUAUUGGGCUACUACAACCCUAUAAAUGGGGUUUCGACGACAGUGUUGUCCACGAAGUCACCAGGCUCAUCGCUGGAAUCCAAUGUUUCUCUAUCGGACUAGAACUACCACAACGAUACUUUGUCACCAGAUGGAAAGAUCUAUUCAUGUUCCUUGGUCCUAUCAUGACGUUCGGUUGGCUUGUAUGCGGCGUUCUGAUCAUGAUUGUCUUUGAGAUUGACUUUGUCUCUGCACUCAUCAUCUCGGCCUGCUUGACUCCUACAGACCCUGUCCUUGCCGCCUCCGUCCUUGCAAAUUCGCAGUUCAGCACACGAGUCCCAAAGCGUAUCCGCGAUCUCCUUUCCGCUGAGAGUGGCUGCAACGAUGGAGUUUCAUUCCCAUUUCUCUAUGUCGGCCUCUGCAUCCUCACCCGCAGCACCGUUGGCGGCGUCUUCAAGAAAUGGUUCCUCAUCACCAUCCUCUACCAAUGUGGUCUCGGAAUCGUUUUAGGCCUCGCCGUCGGCCACAUCUCAAACCGCAUCUAUCUAUUCAGCAAUAAGCGGGGAAUGAUCGGAGAAGCCUCAAACCUCGCCUUCUACCUCCUCCUAGCCAUAUUCUCCACCGGUCUAGCCUCCACCCUCGGCGUCGACGACUUCCUCGUUACCUUCUGCGCGGGCCUUGGAUUCUCGCACGGCGGUAACAGUCCCACAGCGAACACCCAACUCCCCAUUGUCAUCGACCUAGUCCUCAACAGCACGCUCUUCGUCUUCUUCGGCGCAAUGGUCCCAUGGUCGUCCUUCGCCCACCUCGACUCCAUCACCCCACUCCGCCUCGUCGCCAUCCUAGUCCUCAUCCUGCUCUUCCGCCGCAUCCCCAUCGUCCUCUCCCUCUUCAAACUCAACCUCCUCCCGUCUGUCCUCACAACUACAGAGGCGCUGUUCUGCGGGCACUUUGGCCCCAUUGGCGUCGGCGCGCUGUUCCUCGCUAUCGAAGCCCGCGCGCAACUGGAGACGGAUUCCUCCCUCCCGCUGCCGCAUCCGCCGCCUACGGGGCUUCCGAUUGAGGCGCAGAGAACCGUUGUGCUGAUUUGGCCGAUUAUUUGCUUCGUCGUGUUUGGGAGUGUGAUUGUGCAUGGGUUGAGUACGCUGGCGAUUAGUAUUGGGGGGCACUUUGCGAGGCAUGAGGGGGAGAGGGCGCCGUUGAUUGGGGCGGAGAGAGAGGGCUUGCAUGGGAUGGUGUUUGAUGGGGAGGGGGAGACGAUGGAGGUUACGGAUGAUGGUGAAGAGCAGGGUCUGUAUAGGGGAUACUUGCAGGAGGGUACAUAAUGUGGUUUCUUGU